AUGGUGAAACGAAAGAGAGCAGCUUUGCUGCCAACCAACAUUGCUUUGCUGCAAAAUUUGAUUAGAAGAGACCCUCCUUCAUACAAAGAAGAGUUUUUACUUCAAUAUAGACACUAUGAAUCACUUCGAGACAUCUUUCUGGAGAAUACUGGAGCUGAACAAGGAUCUGAAGAGUUUUCAGAUCUUAUCGGAUUUGUGUCUCAAAUGUGUACAUGCUUUCCUGAAGAGACUAAGACUUUUCCAGAUACUCUUUUCCAGAUUCUGGCUCAACGCCAUCAUGAGUUGCCAUCUGAUUUGAGAGAGAAAAUCGUUCAGAGUCUUACAAUGUUGCGUAACAAAGGUGUUAUUACUUCAGAAGCUCUUAUUCAAAAUCUAUUUCCUAUUCUUGUCUCGACAGACUCGAAACAAUUACGAUCCCAAGUAUAUUCAUCUAUCAUUACUCUAAUCAAAAGCGUCAACCAAGGUGCUAAGAAUCAAAAAGUCAAUAGAAGUGUACAGGCUUUACUGUUUAAUCUGUUGACAGAUGCCGAGUCCAACGGUCUAUGGGCUACCAAGAUCACUCGAGAGUUAUGGAGAAGAGGUAUCUGGGACGAUUCACGAACAGUUGAAAUCAUGACCCAAGCGGCCCAACACUCGAAUAUCAAGGUAUCUAUUUCGGCAGCGAAGUUUUUCUUGGGUGCUGAUAAGGAAAGAGAAGAGGCACAACAGUCGGACGACGAAGACGACUCUGUCGACAUGACUGCUCUACGUCACAAGAUGUCUAUCAAUAAGAAGACGAGUAAGCGUGGUAAGAAACUGGAACAGGCACUCAAGGCAGUCAAGAAGAAGGGUCAAGCUCAUCACAGUGCUACCUAUCUCAACUUCUCUGCUAUUCAUUUAUUACGAGAUCCUCAAGGAUUUGCCGAUAAUUUAUUCUCCGUGCACUUGUCCCGUGGCGGAUCUAGACUCAAGUUAGAACAGAAAAUCAUCUUCAUGAACCUUAUUUCACGACUAGUGGGUGUACACAAACUGACAGUUCUUGGAUUAUACUCUUUUUUCCUCAAGUACCUAACGCCCAAGCAACAGGACGUCACUCAGAUCAUGGCUGCUGCUGCACAGGCUUCGCACGACUUGGUUCCACCAGAUGUGAUUAGUCCUGUUAUCCGUAAAGUGGCUGAUGAAUUUGUAAGUGAUGGUGUUGCCGCUGAAGUUGCUGCUGCUGGUAUCAAUACGAUCCGAGAGAUCCUUAGUCGAGCACCUCUUGCUAUUGACAAGACACUGCUCCACGAUCUUAUUGAGUACAAGGGAUCUAAAUCCAAGCCUGUAAUGAUGGCCGCCAGAGGUUUGGUUGGUUUGUACCGAGAAAUCGACCCCUCGAUGCUUCAUACCAGAGACAGAGGCAAGGUAGCUGCCAUGGCAUUAAAGGAUGGAGAUGCUGCUACUGCCGGACCCAAGUUUGGUGUUGAGAGUGGUACUGUCAACGGUAUUGAGGGUCUUGAGCUGUUCAGAAAAUGGCGUGAAGAACAAGGAAUCGACGAGAAUGCCAAUGAAGACGGCAAUGAUGGAUGGGAGGUUGCCACUGAUGAAGAAGAAGAGUCUGACGACGAGUCGGAUGAUGGCUGGAUUCAAGUUGAGAGUGACCAAGAGUACGAGAUCUCUGAUUCAGAAGACGAGGACGGUGAGAAAAAGCCCGAUGCCAAGAAAUCGAAACUGGACGAGGCUACUGCCGUCAAUGCUGCUGCUGACGCCGACGCAUUCAUGAAACUAGCAUCUACCACUGUUUUAACCCCUGCCGACUUUGCCAAAAUCGACGAACUCAAGCUUGCUGCUGGUGUUGAGAAAGCUAUGGGUAAGCACCGCGGUCUGCGAAACGAGGACCAGGUCGAAGCCAGCACGCUUGUUGGACCCAUGAAAUUCAAGCAACUGCGUGAAGAGAAGAUUGCUGCUGCCAGAGAAGGCAAAGAAGACCGAGAAUUCGGAUCCAAGAAGAGCAAACAUCUUCAAAAGGCACACAGUACUACCAACAAGGACAAGGCCCGUAAGAAGAAUUUCAUGAUGAUGAUCCACAAAAAAGACGUCCAAGGCAAAGCAAAACGCAGUCUUCGCGACAAACAAAAAGUCCUCCAAGCCCACAUCACCAAACAGAAGAAAAAGGGCUUCUAA